AUGCUAAAGGAGCGUCCAGGGAUGGCAGAAGACCCCCAGCAACAGAUGGGUGUUCCUGUGGUAAAGCUGGAGAAAGAGUUGCCAUGGGCCAGGGGAAGGGAGGACCCUAGUCCUGAGACUUUUCGUCUGAGGUUUCGGCAGUUCCGCUACCAGGAGGCAGCUGGUCCUCAGGAAGCCCUCAGGGAACUCCAGGAACUCUGUCGCCAGUGGCUGAGGCCUGAGCUGCAUACCAAGGAGCAGAUCAUGGAGCUGCUGGUGCUGGAGCAGUUCCUGACCAUCCUGCCACGGGAGUUCUAUGCCUGGAUUCGGGAGCAUGGCUUGGAGAGUGGCAAGGCUCUUGUGGCCAUGGUGGAGGACUUCACAGAGAGAACGUUGGAGGCCAAGGCGGUUCCAUGCCUCGUGCAGGGAGAACGGGAGGAGACAGCACUUUGCAGAGGCCCUUGGGAACCAGGUGUUCACCUGGGGCCAGUGGAGGUCAAGCCUGAAUGGGGGAUGCCCCAUGGGGAAGGAGUUCAAGGCCUAGACCAAGGCACUGAGGAGCAACUCAGUCAAGACCCUGGAGCUGGGACACAAGCCUUCCAGGAGCAGGCUCUGCCAGUUCUUCAGGCUGGUUCUGGCCUCCCUCCAGUGAACACCAGAGACCAAGAGAUGGCAGCUGGGUUCCUUUCAGCUGGACCCCAGGGGUUGGGGCCAUUUAAAGAUAUGACUCUGGCCUUCCCUGAGGAGGAAUGGAGACAUGUGACCCCAGCCCAGAUAGACUGUUUUGGGGAAUAUGUGGAACCCCAGGACUGUGGGGUCUCACCUCCAGGCAUUGGGAGCAAGGAAAAGGAGUCUAAAACCCAGCAGGCAGACCUCAAGGGGGCGCUUGCUCGGGUGACGGCAGAGAGGUUUGGGGAAGCCACACUCCAGAGCCCUGAGCUUGGAAGAACCUGUGAGCAGGAGCCCAGUAGCUCUGUGGGAAACAUGCCAGGGCCGCCUCUUCCUCAGCAUGGUGUCAUACCCCUGCCCGAUGACCUCAAGACCCACAGCUCCUUUUGGAAGCCUUUUCAGUGCCCUGAGUGUGGAAAAGGCUUCAGUCGGAGCUCAAAUCUUGUCAGACACCAGCGAACCCAUGAAGAAGAGAAAUCCUAUGGGUGUGUCGAGUGUGGGAAGGGGUUCACCUUGAGAGAGUACCUCAUGAAGCACCAGAGAACCCACCUGGGAAAGAGACCCUAUGUGUGCAGUGAGUGCUGGAAAACGUUCAGUCAGAGGCACCACCUCGAGGUCCACCAGAGGAGUCACACAGGGGAGAAGCCUUACAAGUGUGGUGACUGCUGGAAAAGCUUUAGCCGGAGGCAGCAUCUGCAGGUGCAUCGGAGAACUCACACGGGGGAGAAGCCCUACACUUGUGAGUGCGGCAAGAGCUUCAGCAGGAACGCAAACCUGGCUGUGCACCGGCGAGCCCACACCGGGGAGAAGCCAUAUGGGUGCCAGGUGUGUGGGAAGCGGUUCAGUAAAGGGGAGCGAUUGGUCAGACACCAGAGGAUCCACACUGGGGAGAAGCCCUACCACUGUCCAGCCUGCGGGAGGAGCUUCAACCAGAGGUCCAUCCUCAAUCGGCAUCAGAAAACUCAGCAUCGCCAGGAGACCCUGGCACAGUAA